AUGAUGGAUAGGCUACCCCCUGAGAUAAUACUAGAUAAUAUACUGCCAUUAUUAACGUUGAAGGAUAUCUUGCAUCUUUCUAGCACGUCAAAGAGUCUUCAUUUCCUCAUAUCAGAUCAGAUCGUCUGGAAACGGAGAUUGUUAGACGAUUACAAUAGCUAUCUAGCAUUACGUGUACUCACGCAAUCUGAUAAUAUAUCCCUUGAUUGGCAAGAUAUAUACCGUCGCACUCUUACUCCCCAAGUCUAUGUAUGGGGCGUUGCAACGAACGGUAGAUUAGGCAUAGAUUUCAAUGAUGAGCGGAUAAAGCGAGGAAAUUGUGUACCUCAGCCUAUAAAAAUAGACACUCGUUCCAACCUCGUCCAGCUCGUCGCAGGCGGCUGGUCAUUUCAUGGUUUAGAUAGGAAUGGUGAUAUUACCUUUUGGGGACAGUAUAAUGGUGAUUCUUUCAUAUAUGGACCAAGAGACUACCGCGAUUCCGGUGCCAGGGUUGAUAAGCCGACAAAGCUACGCUUACCUUUCAAAACAAUAGAAAUGAGUGCUGGACGCGCUCAUAUUAUGCUUCUAUCCGAUGACGGUCACGUCUACCAGUCAACUUCCUGCGCUCUAUCUCAUCGCAUUAUCCAUCCACUUCUCGUCAAUGACGAAAUCGAACAGAUAAGCGCUGGUUGGACACACUCUGCAAUAUUUACCAAAAAGGGUAACAUUAUGGUUUAUUGGCCGCUAGAUUAUGCAGAUUCAGAGACUUACAGAGCCAAUCAUGAAAAUGGACCAAGACAGCGCGUCGAACGUGGUGUAGAAUUUAUAGAUACUCACGUAUUUGACUUUACACCUCCUUCUAUCACCUUACCUUCAAUUCCAAACGAGACUAUCAGCAAGAUUGCAAGCGCUGAGGGUGCGAUCCUCGCGUUGACGCAAAAUGGAAGACUAUAUAGAAUAGAUCUACACGGCCGACGUGGUUUGAGGGGUGAAGAAGCAGUACGAAACAUCGCAGAUCUGAUUGCCAAUGGUGAAAAGCGAUGGAUCGAGCUGACGAGUUUCUCACCUCAAAACCUACAGAAGCUGCUACCGGAAGGUGCAGCUACACCCGUUCUGAGUCAUAUAACAUCGACAUUUAGACAAUUCACACUGUAUGCACCCUCGGUGGCACAUUCAAGAGUCUUUACGGGUGAUGCAACCAGUAAUAAUUCAAAACCACAACUUAUUGAUCUCGAUAACGUGAUUGAUGUUGUCAGAGGGGACUAUCAUAGUAUAGCCUUAACUAGAAGCGGUGAAGUGCGUUCAUUUGGCUCACAAAAUGGUGGUGCUUUGGGAGUAGCUUCUUUGGAUUACACUAGGAAUGGAACAGUGACGACUCCCCUUCCAGUUCAGUUUGGUGGAAACAAACGCAAGUUUGCGUUCACGAUAGCAGCUGCUGGAUGGCACUCAGCUGCGUUGGUAAUUGAUUUGGAGGGUGAUGACGGAGAUCCGCCAGAAACGGUAGAAGAGACACGUUGGUGCGCACUUACUAUAUAUUGCUCAGACUAA